AUGGGUAUUCUCUACCUCCUCGUCUUCGUCUUUUUGAUUACGGUAAAUGGAGUAGUGGCAGAGAACCAGGGAAACGGACUCGUCACGGACGUUGGCAGCUCCUUCAAGGUCCUGGGCAGCAACGAGGAGCUGACGGUUGGAGGGGACGAGCCAGCAGCAGAUGAUCUCCCGGCCCGUCUACUAAAUAUGGACUCGAUGCGUAUUGCUAUGGACUACCUGAGAAGGCAACGUGAAAAAGACUCCCUAAAU